GAAUAAUAAAAAUAUGACAAUGACAAUAGAAGUAGAAAUAGACAGCCACAGUCAAGCCAUUAUUCUUACACUGCAGAAAAAUCUAGUAAAUUUUUGUAAACUAUUACCAUCUCAUGUCGAUAAAUGGCGAAAUUUAUUGAAUGAAUCGAAAAAACCUGUACAAGCACUGGUUAAUUACUCUGAACAGUUGAGACACGUGGAGAAGGCUAAUAUAAGUUACAUAGAGAAUUUCAAAGUUUUACAAGACAAGCUUAUGUACAAGAUAUUCUCAGAGAUAGAAGAUGAAAUAACAUUGAUCAAAGGAAUCAUAGAUCAGUUACACACUGCCAACCAAGAGGUGAAAAACAAAUUAUCCAUAUUAGAAAAAUCUACAAUAGACUUGGACUGGGAUUUGGAGACACCAAUAAUUAGAGGAACAGCCUUCCAGCCUCCUCUUUCCAGAAUUCUACAGGAAGGAUACAAUUAUAUAUUGUUCUUUACAUCAGCUCUAAAAUCUGUUAAUGAUCAUAUUAAAAUUUUAAAUAUCCGAAAUGAACAGUUUAUGAAAAAUUUUGAAAAUAAGUUCAAAAUAGAUUUAGAAAGUAAAGUUGUUAUUAAUUAUUUAGCAAUUGUUCAAUACAUAGGAAACGAGAAAGCUGCAGUAUGAAAGGUUUUUUUCUAAUAUGAGUUUUUCUAUUAAAAUGCCAUGCACAGUUGAAGAUUUUCUGGUAAUGUUUUGCAUUUGUGCAUAUAUUUCUGUAUUUAGUGGAACCAUUUCUAAAAAGAUAAAUUGUUUCAUUGCCUAUUCUCUAUAGACAUUGACUUUUACUUUGGUUAAUAUACAACUUCCUGAUUACAACUCAUCUAAACAGAUUGCAUCUUGAAAGCUUCUAUAUGUUUUCAAUAAUUUCAUAAGAAAUAUUGAAACAUUUUUUUAGUAUGUUUUAAUUUUAGCUAUUAUUACGGAAUCAGUAAGCAAAAUAUUUUAAUUCAAUAUC